GCGACGCAUUUUAAACAAAAACCCACUGCAAUACAUAUAACAAGAACCUUCUCGAACUUAAAUAAGACUUUUGCCCUUUAUAUCUUUAUCUUUAUCUGUGAAGGGAAAUCAAAAUCAUUCAUCAAGCAAAACUUGUCGCUUAAUGAGGGGAAGAAGCUACAGUUACAGUCCUUCACCUCCUCCAAGGGGUUAUUAUGGAAGGAGAUAUCGGAGUCCUAGUCCAAGGAAUCGUUAUGGCGGGCGUUCCAGGGAUCUUCCGACAAGUCUUCUGGUUCGCAAUCUUCGUCAUGAUUGCAGGACUGAAGACCUCCGUGGACCCUUUGGGCAUUUUGGUCCUCUAAAGGAUAUAUACUUGCCUCGGGACUAUUAUACUGGGGAGCCUCGCGGUUUUGGAUUUGUCCAAUAUGUAGAUCCAGCUGAUGCUGCAGAUGCUAAGCAUCAUAUGGAUGGUGAAAUUCUUCUUGGUCGGGAACUAACUGUUGUCUUUGCUGAAGAAAAUAGGAAGAAACCAGCAGAAAUGAGGGCAAGAGAACGUGUAAGGGGACGAUCAUAUGACCGCAAGCGAUCUCCACAAUGUUAUUCACGAUCACCUCGUUAUAGACGAAGUUAUUCUCGUAGUCCACUGUAUUAUUCUCGUUCUCCCAGGCAAAGAAAUUAUUCAAGGUCAAUUUCUCCUAGAGACAGAAGAUACAGAGAACAAUCUUUCUCAAGGUCCCCUUAUGCCCCAAGGAGCCAGAGCAGGACCCCAAGCCGGAGCAGGAGCAGGAGUCGGAGCGUAGAGUAUUCUAGGUAAUUGAUUAGGUACAAAGUAAUGAGAGAUUCGUCUGGGCACUGGUCUGAUGUGCUAUCAUGAGCUAGUAUUGGAUUUUCUAGAGUUGGUGACUCAUGAUUUGGUAGAAUAAUGAGUUAUAGACUUGGCAAUUAAUCCGGUAUCUGCAUUGUCAUAAUCCUCAUGUCUUAACCUCUUAUCCCCAAUUGUUUUCAAGUAGUGAGAUGAUGUGUGCUAAUGGGUAGUAUUAAAGUGACGUUUUUA